CCACACCCUUUCGCCAUAUUUACAGUGGGUCUCCCAGUAGCAAAGGAGAGAUCAGUGGUAAGAGAAAUUGUUUGGAAAACACCUGCACUGUUGGUGAUUUUUUAUCGGUGUGUGGCUGAAAUCAAACCAUACGGAGGGAUCAGACAGGAUAAAAGCUAUACGCUGCAGAUUGGUGCAUCUUAUACAGUAGGGGCAUUAUAUCUUCAGUGCUGUUGGGAGUAAAAUAAGCUCACUUCAGACAUGGCAGCAAACAAGCCUAAAGGUCAGAACUCAUUGGCCUUGCAUAAAGUUAUCAUGGUGGGCAGUGGUGGUGUAGGAAAAUCAGCUUUAACGUUGCAGUUCAUGUAUGAUGAGUUUGUAGAAGACUAUGAACCAACAAAGGCAGACAGCUACAGAAAACGAGUAGUACUAGAUGGCGAGGAAGUACAGAUAGACAUCCUGGACACAGCGGGCCAAGAAGACUAUGCUGCUAUAAGAGACAACUACUUUCGCAGUGGAGAGGGCUUCCUCUGCGUCUUCUCCAUUACAGAGCAAGAGUCCUUUGCCGCAACAGUUGAUUUCAGGGAGCAGAUAUUAAGAGUAAAGGAGGAUGAGAAUGUUCCCUUUUUACUGGUUGGCAACAAGUCUGAUUUAGAAGACAGGAGGCAAACAUCUGUGGAAGAGGCAAAAGCGAGAGCUGAGCAGUGGAAUGUCAACUAUGUAGAAACAUCAGCAAAAACUAGAGCAAACGUUGACAAGGUGUUUUUUGACUUAAUGAGAGAAAUCCGUGCUAGAAAAAUGGAAGACAGCAAAGAGAAGAAUGGGAAGAAAAAGAGGAAAAGUCUAGCAAAGAGAAUCAGAGAAAGAUGUUGUAUAUUAUAAGUGGAAAGUGGAACUUAUUUAUCCUUUUUGUUCAAAUCACACAGCGAACAACCCCCAAUUUGUAAGCAUGAUCUUGAAGACUGAAAAUUCCACCCACAUUUGAAAAUCGUAACACACUAAUGGAACAUGAAUUGAAGCUGUUUUGGGAAGCAGAAUUACAGAAUCUCUAUAUAUUGUGGUCUCACCAAGAAGCACACUUCAUUUCAGAUACUCACAAACUUGUACAGUAGUUACUUCCUUACAACUUUAUCUGGGCAGUGUCUUUCUUAAACUGAGCCAUAGAAGGAUCGUUUCUUCUUGUGGUUACUUUGUAAAAGUUGUUUUUAUACAGGACUGAAAUUUAUGAUGCAUUCUUGGCCAUUAAUGCCUUGAGCUAGUACAUCUGAUUGUUAAGGAGACAGUUCAGAAAUGAAUGCCUACCUACAUUCUGUUUCAUGCUCUGAUUAUCUGUUAUGCAAAUAUUAUGGGAAAGAGUUAAGUUAGACAUUGCCUUUUUGUCAUAUUUAUUAAAGAUGAUCUGUUUACCUGCAUUAUCUGAAAGUGUAAAACCUGUACAUAGAAAUAUUUGACUAUGCCUUAAUAAAAGAAAAAACAAAAGUUGCAGCAUUAGUAAUUUGGCAUACAGGUUGUAUGACAGUAUGCUAAAUAAACUGCUGAAGUAGCAAGUAUGACACCAGAAAAGUGAAAGUUAAAGUGAAUCAGAUGGCAGGCAUAAAGGCCUGCAUGGAAUCUGUGGGUGAAGUGUGGGUUGUUAUCAGAAAUUGCAAAAAAAGAAAUAAAUUAACUAUGUAUGUACUUUGAAUAUGUGCCAUACUCUAGGACUUGAUGACCAAGUCCAGAGCACAUUCUUAUCUGUGGAGUUCAUGGAGCAGUAUGUUGGGGCUUUGUCCCUUUAGUAGUGAUCUUUAACUAGGAUGCAAUAGUUUUGAAGUGAGUUUCAGUUACCUCAUUGUCUAUGUAUCAAAGUAGCAAAGUUGCAUCAUUCACUCGAGUAGCAUAGGCAUCCAGCAGUGCUGAUUGCACUUUUAGGCCACUGCAUAACAUACUGCAUUAAACAGGGCAGCAAGCCCAUUUUCAUCUGAACUGCUGACAGUUAAACUGCCCUUUUGGCAUUCUUUAAUUUAGUUUGUCAAGAGUUUCUGUUGUCCACUGCUUGUUUGAAAGUAGUAGGGGGGGCAGAUCAUGUGCUCAAGAAGUAGUGCACAGGUUUUGGAAGUGUGUGUGUGUGUGUGUGUGUAUGCAUUCUUAGUCUGAAAACAUUUCACUUGUUUAGUCUACAUGACUUUUUGCAUCAGAAAACAUUUGUAAAAGGGAUUGCCAUUUUGUCACUGUUGAACACAAAAAUGUUCCAAAUAAUUCCAGAUAGUAGAGAAGUGCUGUGUUGUAAGAUCAGGUUUGUUUUUCCCCAGUCUGACUCUGGUAUAUACCAUUCCUGAAUGUUUUCUUCCCCUGCAUUACUGCAGGCUUAUAAAUAACUAGUUCAAAAAGGUGAACCGCCACACACAUUUCCCACUAUGCAUAGCACUUAAUCUGCUGCAUCUGGUUUCACAAAUACAAAGUGCUCACUGCUAAAGCAUUUUUUUUUCAUUGUUUUUGAGAUGGGCUGUUGAAAAAUAUUUAAUUGAAAUGUGACCUAGUUGAUUGUUGUACCCUUUUGACCUUCUUUAUGAUAAAUCAAUUGUCAUGUUACCAGAAACAUAUGUAUGACUUGUUAGUAUGGAGUUUAGUGUAACAUACAGUCAUUGUAAGCUGAAAACCAUUUCAAAAAUUUAUUUACUCUGCAGUGCAGCAUUUAUCAUAGAAUGUAGUUUACUUCUUAUCUACAUAACAUUUCUUUUUAAGUGUGACAGAAAGCAUACAAAUGUGAAAUGCUGACAAAAAAACUGAAGUUUUAGGAAUUCUAUAUAAAUAGUAAAUUGUUAGACUUUUUCAUAUUAUUUAUUUAAAAUCUCAGUGUCACAUUUGGUUUCUUUAUACUGUGUGAUACAACUAGAUGCCAAUUCAUUGUCUAUUAGAUUCAGAUAUCCUACGUAACCCUGGCCAUCCAGCUGGUGUUUUUUACCUUUGUGAAUGAAGUAUAGGCAUUUAGUUACAAUAACUUAACCAGGGAUGCUAACCACUAACAUUGUGAUUUGCUGUAAAAAAAUGUGUAUAAAUAUAUAUACAUAUAUAUCUAUAUAUAUAUCUAUAUAUAUAUAUAUAUAUAUAUAUAUAUAUAUAUAUAUAUAUAAAAUUAUCCUGGGUACAGUGGCGGUAUGAAGCCAACAGAAGGAUGCUGUCAUAAUUGUGGCUGAUGGCUCUUACCCUUUCCUUUUAAUUGCUGUACUUUGAGCCAUUGAAAAAAAAUAAACUUUCAUUUUUUAAA